AUUGUUGUUUGACGACAUUAGUGCUUUUUGUCUCAAGAGUCAACAAUAUACUAGCGCAUGUUCUAGCGGAUCGCAUCACGGAGUAGGUACCAUUACUGUAUUUCAUGCAGUACCUUCUAAAUCGAGUCAAGCUUGGAAUAAUUUGGUAUCUCAUUACAAAUGUAUUGUUUCUUUUGACAACAACAGCGAAAUUGAAAAAAUAUUUAAAAAUGAUUUUCCUUCUGCUGGAAAAAUGCAUCACGUCAUUAGCGAUUUACUUAACAAAGAAACUUCUAGUCAACACGGACACUUGGCAUUAUUUAAAAGAAAUUGUUCUGUUGCCAGAUUAAGAACCCAAAUUACCAAUUCCAAAGAACAAAAAGUGUUUAUACCUGUUGACGCUCAAGGAAAAUUAGAUUUUGAUUACAACGAAAUGAGCGUAAACAAAAAAAUUGUUACUUUUCAAUCGUUUCUUUAUGUUAAAGCGCGAAAUUGUAAAAACCAUUAUUAUCUUAAAUCUCAUCACAAUCCAUUUUGUCAAGAAAAAGAGAAGGAGAACCAACAAACUAACGACGAAGAAGGUAAAAACAAUAUAAAUAGCGAAAAAGAAAAUCAAAUAAAAAAAAGAAAAUGGAGCGAGAGCGAAAGAGCUGCUCUAAUGCUUGAAGAAAUUAAAAGAAGAAAGAGAUAUGAAUUGUGCGAAUCAUCAGACGAAUUUUCAGAUUCUGGAGACGAAUCAAACGAAUCAGAAUGAUUGGGACAGCGAAGAACUGUUGCAACUUUUACAAAGCGAUUACGAAGCGUGCAAUCUCAAAACAUCAAAACGAAAAGACAUGAGACAAAAAUUAGCCGUUCGCAGUCACAUUUUUAUACCUAAAAUGAACAAACGUAAAGAUAUAGACGAAAACGAAAUUAAAAUAUGGAUCAAAGAAAUUUCGACUCGAUUUAACGCUGUCAAAAUGUUAAAAUGCGAACUUUUGUCUGAUCACGAAAGAUUACAAAUCAAAAACGCUUUUCAAGAUUACGUAUGUUUAGAAAUUAAAUUGUUUGUCAAAGAAAUUUUAUAUCCUUAUCCCAAGUUUAACGAAAACGGAAAAAUUAUUUUAAAAAAAGAAAAAAUGAAAGACAAAAACAAAACCAUAUCGGAUUUCGUUUACAAUAAUUACGACGUUUUAAAAGAAUAUUUCAACUCUACUCGUUUUAAACUUUAUCACGAAAUAAUAAAUUAUUACUCUAAUAAAUUAAUUUCAUUUGACACGUUACAACCUACAAAAACUGUUAUAGAUUUGUUAAGACAACAAUUUGACAUUGAUU